CACAACCAAUGACAACACAUCAGUAAGUAGUAUCUCACAUGGACUUCGCUAGUUCUAAAUAAUCCUCCACAAAUUGAAGAAGGCAGAAACGACCACGAACUCAUACCUUUCUAACCAUAUCAUCGUGUUCCACUACCCACGUCCCAAAAUGGUCAUCCCCCCUCCUCCUUCCCCGCUCCCCGAGUUCGUGUACAAGAUCACGCUCGAAGCCCCGCCCAGUCCGAUUCCCGAGUCCUACCCACUGUCGGAGCUGGACCAGAAAGAUGGAUUUGUGCAUCUGAGCACCUCGUGGCAGAUCCCAACAACAGCCGGCCUCUUCUUCCAAAAUGAGCUCUCUUUCUACCUUAUCAAGCUUCGCCUGGCCAACUUUGACCAGGCCAGCGUCAAGUGGGACGAGGUCGAGGAGACCAACGGGUGCCCGCACUUGUACGGCAACUUUGGGGCUAAGGAUGUCGUCGACGUGAAGGAGUUCCGCCGUGAGGAGGGCGAGACGUGGGGUGAGGUGUUUGAGAAGGAGGAGGCUAAGGCUUGGUUGGUAUGAUGAGAGGGGGCAUCGGAGAAGGGAAAAUAUAAGGGGGUAAAGGAGGAAGGAGAGAACAAAAAAAAAAAAAAAAAAAAAAA